AUGUUGCUCAAUUCCAGGAACGGCUUCCUGGAUCCGUGGUCAGGUGGCGGUUGGUCGAUGACACCGAAAGUUGAAGGAACUCUCGUGUCGUUGAUUCUCAAGGAGGGAGCUCAUCAUUACGACCUUCGCGGAACACAUCCCGACGAUACCGAAGAGGUGAAGAAUGUUCGCAAGCAAGAAAAGACUUACAUAAAGAAAUGGAUACAGAAAGCAAAUUUACACAGGAGCUGA